AAAUAAAUAAAUCACCCGAAUCCCUCUACUUCUUUUCAUCCAAGUAAAAAACUCUCAAACAAUCUCCCUAGGCCCUAAAAUUUGUUUACUCCUAGGACCCCUUUCUCUUCAACAUUUUCACUCCCCCAAGUUCAUUCCCAACUUGACGUAUCGCGCAACGUGCGCACGAAUUCCCGUCCUCUGUCGCCAUUUACCCACCGGAAUUUGCGCAAUCGAACUGAUCGUGAAGAAAUAGUGAUUGUGUGUUGAAGGAGAUAAACGACAACAACCGCAUGAAAUAUAAUGUCGGAUGAUAAUGCAGAGGUGGAAAAGCCGUUCGCUGUCGAACGGGCGAAAACGGGACGUGCGAAGUGCAAAAAAUGCAAGUGCCCGAUUGAUAAAGACACUGUUAGAAUCGCUAAACUCAUGGCUAAUCCCUUUGGCGAUGGGAAAAUGAAGGCCUGGCACCAUGUCGAUUGCAUCUUCGAUAUAUUCGCGAAACAGCGGGCAACCACGAAGAGAAUUGAAGCCCCCGCGGAGGAUAUCAGCGGGUGGGAUGAGCUCGGUGACGAUGAUCAGAAAGUGAUUGUUGAGAAACUACAGGAGUUCGAGGACAAUGCUCCAUUCAAGGGGAAGCGUCAUGGAAGUCCGGCUGAAGUGCAGCCCCCGAACAAAAUCCCAAAGAAAACUCCGAUUAAAAAACCUCCAACCCCUCAAUCCACUUCAAAUGAAAAACCAUCCCCUUCGAGUCCCGAUAAUUCUUUUCGCGAAUUCCGCAGGAUUUGCGCAGACAUCGCAAAUGUCCCCGCUUACACCGAUAAAACAGCUGUCGUCAGGAAAAUGUUCACGAAGGGGGCGGAUGGGGGUGGCUUCAAAGGAGAUAUUGUGCUCUGGUGCAAGAUGCUGUUGCCGAUGGCAGGUAGACGUAUUUACAAUCUCCAGAGUAAACAGCUCAUCAAACUUUUUGCUCGCAUCCUGCGUCAGGAUGAGGAACAGAUGCUGGAGGAUCUGGAGCAAGGGGACGUCGCUGAUACAAUAUCAACAUUUUUUGAGAGCAGUACAGCUAUCCAGCGAGGCACAAAGAGUCUUCUCACAUUGCAAGAGGUCAAUCAAUUUUUGGAGCAGCUGGCGAAGAUGACGAGGGAAGAAGAUCAAGUGUCGCAUUUCUUGUCUAUGAUUGACAGAUGUACUGCCAACGAUCUUAAGACGAUAAUACGACUGAUUAAACAUGAUUUGCGGAUAAAUUGCGGGCCAAAGCACAUUCUCAAAGCCAUUGACGCUAAUGCCUAUCGGGCCUAUCAGGUAUCUAAUAAUUUAGAGGCAGUGGUGCUGCGUUUCACCCGAAAGGAUCCGGACGCUGAAGCAAGCACUUCUGGUGCCUCUUCCUCGUCCUUGAAAGGGAAAAUUGUUUUGUCUUUGAUGACACCAGUUCUACCCAUGCUGGCGGAAGCUUGCACAUCAGUUGAGAUGGCGAUGAAAAAGUGCCCCCAUGGAAUGCUGGCUGAGGUUAAAUAUGAUGGUGAAAGGGUCCAAAUCCACAAGCGAGGACAUGAGUUCAAAUAUUUCAGUCGAGCUCUCAAACCUGUGGUGCCGCACAAGGUCAGCCAUUUUCAGGAUUACAUUCCAAAAGCGUUUCCGGAUGGGGAUGAUUUGAUUUUAGAUAGCGAAAUACUUCUAAUUGACAUGAAGACAGGGCAGCCAUUGCCGUUUGGAACUCUAGGAGUUCACAAGAAAGCUCAAUUCAAAGAUGCGAAAGUCUGCAUCUUCGUCUUCGAUUGCAUGUAUUACAAUGGCGAGGUACUCAUGAACAAGACGAUGAGAGAAAGACGCGAAAUACUGAACAAGAGGAUGACGGUCAUUCCGAAUCGCGUGGUACUUUCGGAAGUUGAAGAAGUUAAUGACUCACGUGAUUUGGCGGGGAUGAUAGCGAAGGUUCUUAAGAUGGGAUUAGAGGGGUUGGUACUGAAAGACGUGAAUAGCACUUACGAACCCGGAAAGCGCCACUGGUUAAAGGUAAAGAAGGAUUACUUGUUCGACGGAGCAAUGGCUGAUAGCGCAGAUCUCGUCGUGCUUGGUGCAUGGUAUGGUACCGGUAGCAAAGGUGGAAUGAUGUCGGUUUUCCUCAUGGGUUGCCACGACAAAACCCGGGAUAAAUGGGUCACAGUGACCAAAGUCCACGGCGGGCACGACGAUGCCACCCUAACGCGAUUGCAGGACGAACUGGAUAUGAUUAAAAUUGGAAAAGACCAGGAUUUGGUUCCUAAUUGGUUAAUUGUCAACAAACCAAUGGUCCCAGAUCUUAUAGCCCGCGAUCCUAAGAAACAACCGGUGUGGGAAAUAACCGGAGCGGAAUUUACGAAUCAGGGGGUACAUACUGCCGAGGGCAUAAGUAUACGUUUUCCACGCGUGACCAGAAUAAGAGAUGACAAGGAUUGGGCAACAGCAACGUCACUUGAUGAACUGCGACAACUUUUCAAAAAAAGCUCUGAUUCCAUCGAUUUCUCUUUAUUACUGAGCAAUAAACCCGACACUAAAAAGACAGGUAACAAGAGAACCAAGAAGUUGGAUAAUUAUUGUGCAAAAGGAGUGAAAGACGGAGGCAACGAAGGGACGACUGUAAAUGAGAUUAAGCCUGAUGUUGGAAUAAUAGGUGACGUAAAGAAGAAAAGCGCAGAGGACUGUGAAGAAUUUAAAGAAAAUGACACUCGGAGCAGUGAUGAAGCCUUUUUUUACGCUUUUCUCAAUGAUGACUACAUUGAAUUUACCGCCGAUGGAAGACCUUUGAAUUGGAUUGAGGGACGGAAACCCACGAAAGGACUUCCUCCAGAUGCGAAACCAUUGUCGGAGAAGCGCCCUGGUGAAGUGGCGUCGAGGGGAGUGUUAGGGAGAGUACGCGCUGGGAUCAGCAAAAGUGUUCCUGCCAAACGAAGGAGGAUAUUGGAGCGAACUCUGAAAACUUUGGGAGCCGCAGUCCUGGAGGAUGUGGCCAGUAGAUGUGAGGUCACUCAUGUAAUUUACGACAAAAUGGAAAUAGAUGAAGGAGAGCUGAGGGAGUAUCCAGGACCCUCAGCCCAUCGUGUAAAUGAAUCUUGGAUAGAGUCUGUUGUUUCAUCGUGCCGUAACCAAGAUGAAUUACCGCACGUUGUGACGCUUCUGCCCAUUCGCUGUGACUGCUCGUGUACUUACCAUUGAUGAAAAAACUGGGCCACGAUGAAAAUCAAAUGUCUGUUGGUUUAGAGAUCACUUUUUCAUUCCACUGGGCGCUUCGUAACUGUCCAUUAUGUCGCAAAAUGCACGUCAUUGAAUUUAAAAGACCUCUUUAAAGUUUGUAAUGAAGACAUUGUGAGAUGUUAACGAAGAAUGUUAAAUUUCACAGAGGAAAAAUUUAAGGGAGUGAAAUAUCCGAGUGAAGAGGACAUUCCAGUAGUUUUCUAUUAUUAAAUUGUUAUGGGAUGAAAAUCUUCAAUAAAAGAACGAGCCAUUAUUCAUUUGUAUUUCAGUUUAUUUAGAAAAAAAGAGUAUUCAUUAAGUAAUUUAAAAUAUUGGAAAACAAGAUGGGGAUUUUUAUAAAAAAUAU